CAGCUUCGUUAACAAGAGACGAAUCAAAAGAUGGCGACGAAAGAAGGGAGCAGAAUAUUCGUUGGUGGAUUAUCUCCGGAGGUGACAGAGAGAGACCUUCAGCGAACUUUUGGCCGCUUCGGUGAAAUUCUCGAUUGUCAGGGAUGACAUUGAUCAGAGCUACAUGAGUCAAGUUGAGAUACUGCUCUGUGAUUAAAGAAUAAAACUGCCUGAGAAUUUAGGAAACUCAGUAUUGUGUUUUGAGUCUCUGAGAAAAUUGAUUUCCACUGUUUUGGGAUUUGUUUCACGAGGUUGAGACUGUGGUAUCGGGUUACUUCAGUUUCUUCUAGUGUAGUCUCUGACUUCUCUAAGUAUGCAACACUGGGUUGUUACUGGUUCCUUCCUGAAAUUGUCCUUGUUGCUGCCUCUUGUAUUCUGAGUCGAGAUUCUGGUUAACAAGCUUUAGGAAGAAGCGCUUGUGUCUUGUUUUGUUUGUUAGCUCGUGCUGGGAUUCCUCACUUAAUUUUGAGUGGUGAAUUGAAGAUGCUACUCAGUUUAGGCCAGUGGAUGAAGAUACUUAGUAGCCCAGUCCGAAAUUCAGCUGUCCUGUUGCAAGAUUUCUAUUUCUUCCUGAUACCUUGAGCCCCAGUGCUGACGAUGGAACUGCAGAACGAAAGACUGCGCCAGUUGAAGAACGCCGCUUCUCGUACCCUCUGUGCUUAGUAGGAUUUGCAUGGAUUUUAACUUUUCCUUUCAUUAUUUUUUUCUUCUCCAAGCCUAACACACGCCCUUACAUAUAACUACAUGCCCAGCUAAAUGAAUCUUGUGCGUAGGCCACGCAUUUUUAGAUCCGCUUACCCCAGUUCCUUGCCCUUAUUUUUUUCGCAUGUUUCUGGAAUCUGAUAAAGUUCGUUGUGUGAGACGGAGUUGUGUUUCUGAUCAGUGGGCUUUGGGGCUAUGCAAAGAGUUGUCAGCUACAGGAGAACUGAAUGACAUUAGCUGGAUCAAUGUCAGAUGAUAUCUGCAUAUUGAGAAGAAACAGAUGUUUGAUCAGGAAUACUGUGUACUCUUAUUUUCAGUGGCUUCCUUCUCUGUCUAUAAACUUCUUCUCUUUAAAGUUGUUGAAAAUAGGGAUUGACUAGUAGAUUCGUUUAGGGGAUUAAUUCAUGGAGCUGUCAUUUUGGACUGAGGAAGAAAUGUUAGUGGUGUGCUGCUUCAGUUUCUGGGGAUCUCUAGUUGUUUUGCUCUGAAGUGAAGAUUGAAUGAUAAUUUAGUACUGCACAAAAGACAGAGUCAAUGUUAUGCAGUAAACCUUUAAACAGAUGGACUUGAUCUGAUCUUUCAGAUUUUGCAUAUGUUUCAUUUUCUACUGCCCUUCUGAUCAGUUUCUAGCAUAUACUUUUGGGAAAAUCAGCUUUUGUGGUGUGGUGUGUUGUGUAUAGAUCAUGAUGGAAAGAGACACCGGUCGUUCACGUGGAUUUGGGUUUAUUACCUUUGCUGAUCGCCGUGCUAUGGACGAGUCCAUCAGAGAGAUGCACGGAAGGGACUUCGGUGAUCGGGUCAUCUCAGUGAACAGAGCUGAACCGAAAAUGGGAGGGAGAGAUGAUGGGGAAAGUCAUGGCUCUAGAGGUGGUGGCAGAGAUGGUGGGUACUCAUUGGCUGGAAAGGGAAGCUUUGGUGGCGGUGGCCGUGUUGGUGAAGAUGAGUGCUUCAAAUGUGGACGUGUUGGGCACUGGGCCCGUGACUGCCCGUCUGCUGCUGGUGGUCGUGGUGGACCCGUUGGUGGCUUUUCUUCCCGUUCUGCGUAUGGAGGAUCUGAUGGGCGUGUCGACCGUUAUGCAGACCGUGAGCGAUAUGUGGACCGUGAACGUUACAUAGAUGAUCGAUAUGAUGGUGGUGCUCCACGCUUUGGUGCUAGAGACAGGUUUGACAGCAGAGAAGCUUACAUCCCACGUGAUCGUUACGCCAGUGACAGGUAUGCAGCCCCGGUUGAUCGGUUUGCAGGUGGGGAUAGGUACAGCCGUGGAUCAGACCGUUACCCUCCAGCGAGUUAUGAGAAACCCAGGUCCUUUGAGAGAGACGUAGUCCCAAGUGCAGGCAGUGACAGGUACGGUGGUGGUAGAGCUGGCGGGCCUAUUCGUGGAGGAGACGAGGGAAGAGGGUUUAGAAGCAGAGCCAGUGGUCCUUACGAUAGGCCGAGCCGAAGCAGUGGUGGUGGUUAUCCAUCCUCCGGUACUUUAGACCGUUACUAAGGCAUGAAUGAAGAAGUGAAUGAUGUUGGGUUUAGGGUUAUUUACACUCACUCUUGUGUGUGUGCGUAUGCGUAUGUGGUAAUGGAUAUCUCUGUAAUCGUUCUUAUAUGUAAAGACUUCUUUCGUACUAUGUUAGUUUGGAGAACUGUUAGCUUUGUAUCAUGAUAUUUUAUUUGGUUUGUUCUGGUACAAUUACAAUGACUUUGAGCUUCAA